GCUUUCGACCAUAUUCCAGACAACCGUUGCGGCCCUCAUUACUCUGGAGCCGCGUGCGACUGGCCAAUCUGUGUGCAUGGAGUCGUGGAUCCAGUCAGCCGGGUAUGCCAGUGCUAUAAUCAUUUUGCACCUCCAUUCUGCGAGUUUUGCUUGCCAGGCUAUUGGGCAGAAGCUUGCGAUCGUGAGAUUCUCCCAGCUAUGCCAGAACCCUUACUGCCUCCAUUCUUUGGCCAUGUGGUCGUGUAUUUAGUUGUCGUUCUUCUUAUACUUCUUAUUUACUUCGCAUUUGGAAGGUGCCGCUCUAAUCCUCCACCUUAUGAGGAGGUUAUACAGGAAGCUCCACCUCCACCUUAUUAUCUCAUCUAA